CCAGAGGAGAAAAAAGAGACACUCACAAAUUUACCUUCUAGCGCACACAACACAACCACAUCGUCAUCUUCGUCCUCCGACACUUCAGCUUCUCAUGUUCUUUCUCUAGAAACCUCUUCCGCAUCACCGUGGAAUUUUCCUGCUUCUGUGACACAGAACACACACUCUGCUUCUGAUAUAAUUUACUCUUGUCUCUGUCACCGUGCUGGUUGCAAGAUAGGGUUUGCACUUUUUAAUCUGCUCUGGCAAUGACCAGGUACACAAAGUACUGUGUUAGUUAGAACUUUCUGCAAUUAUUAGCAAUUUUUUUUCACUGCACUAGCCUGGGUGAAUUGUGUGUAAGGAUUUUGAAGGUUUGUAUGUGUUGAUUGGUGAGUAUUGUUGAAAGUUGUGAUUUUUGAGUAGAAGGGUUGGCGGUUGUUGAGUCAAUGGAAGGUGUUGAUCAAAGUAAUUUGAAACGAAAUGGUAGUGGUUUUGGUUCAUCAUCGGGAGCAAAUCUCAGGCCCCCAAAUCGAUUGAAUACUGCUGUGCCUGUUAGUCAAUUGGGUGUUGCUGAGAAUCAGAAACCCUAUGGUAUACCACCCUCACACCCUAAUACGAAUAUUUCACCUUCUUCAGCCUAUCCUCAGUUUUUUGGCUCCCAAUCCCAUUCCAAUUCGGUUUCUCAGCGUUUGGGUUCUCCCAAUUUGAGUUCUGUUUCAUCCCAUUCUAGGUCUCUGUCUCAGCCCUCUUUUUUCUCUCUGGAUUCCUUGCCCCCAUUGAGUCCUUCUCCUUAUAGGGAGCCAUCUGUUUCUGACCCAAUUUCAUUAGAUUUGUCUGCUGAGGAAAGCUUGGUUAACCCACAUGCCCCUUUGCCUAAUCGUGGUCCUGCACUUCAGCUUGGCCAUUCUCUUCCACCUCGGAAAGGACACAGGCGAUCCAGCAGUGAUUCCCCUUUGGGAAUCUCUGAUUUUAUCCAGUCUGCCCCUCAGUCGGUUCCCUCCAGGACUUGGAGUGAUCGUGAUGUUUCUAGGGGAGGGAACUCAGGAUACGAGAAACCGAUUCAGUUGGUGUUAAAGGAACCGAUUAAGAGUAUGGACCGUGUUGAUGGUUUUGGUGGGGAGCCUGUGGUUGGGAGGAAAGAAGAUGAUUCACUGGAUGAUUUGUUUAGUGCAUAUAUGAAUUUGGACAACAUUGAUACUCUGAAUUUUUCUGGUAUGGAAGAUAAAGAUUUGGAUAGCAGAACCAGUGGUUCCAAGACUGUUGAAAGCAGUGAUAACGAAGUUGAGAGUCAUGCGAAUGGGAAAACAACUGGUGCUCAAGGGGCUAGUUCAAGCUGUUCUGAGGACAGAAGGGAAGGAGUUAAGAGGAGUUCUAAUGGGGACAUUGCACCGGGAUCCCGGCACCGGAGAAGUUACUCGUUGGACAGCUCCAUUGGAAAUUUUCAUAUUGGAGAUGAAUCACCUAAGCUUCCUCCUCUGCAAAACCGGGGUGGUCAACACUCGCCUAGCAAUUCACUAGAGGGUAAGACAUCUGAAACAAGCAUAGAGUUUGGAAAUGGUGAAUUCAGCUCGGAGGAGCUAAAGAAAAUAAAGGAGAAUGAUAAACUUGCUGAAAUUGCCAUGGCUGAUCCUAAACGUGCAAAAAGGAUUUUGGCCAAUAGGCUAUCUGCUGCUCGCUCGAAAGAGCGGAAGAUGCGAUACAUUUCUGAAUUGGAGCUGAAAGUCCAAACACUUCAGACAGAGACAACCACAUUGUCUACUCAAUUUACCAAAUUACAGAUGGACAAUUCAGAGCUUAAAAGUGAGAACAAUGAGUACAAAUUGAGGAUUCAAGCCUUGGAACAGCAGUCCCAACUGAAAGAUGCUCUGAAUGAGACUUUGGAUGCCGAAGUGCGGCGGUUGAGGCGCACGGUCGCAGACCUUGGCGGUGAGUCCCUCCUCUCGAGUCGAAUGGCUCAACAGCUUGCUAUUAGCCAACAAAUGUUCCCGUUACAGCACCAGCAGCACCCUAACCAGCUUAGACAUGGUCAACUGCACAACAGCCAUUCCCAGGAACAAACACAGACUCAGUCACAGCGCCAGAAUGGCAAAGCAACAGCCUACUGAUCUCAUCGGUUGCCCUUCAAAACUCUACAACCAUAUAUACUCAAUGUUUGUGACGUGAAUCACAGCACACUGCAUCACCAAGUUCAAGUAAAAAAAAGACUCCACUCAGAAUCAAAAAUAAAGUUUAGAUUUGUUGAUUUUA